AUGAAUCCUUACAUCUUAGCCAUUCUUCUCUUUGGCUUAGGCCUUGGCACAACAAUCACAUUUGCUAGCUCCCACUGACUUCUCGCCUGAAUAGGCCUUGAAAUAAAUACACUAGCCAUUAUUCCCCUAAUAACCCAACAUCACCACCCACGCGCAGUCGAAGCUACAACCAAAUAUUUUUUGACUCAAGCCACUGCUGCAGCUACCCUUCUAUUUGCAAGUGUAACUAACGCCUGACUAACAGGCCAGUGAGAAAUUCAACAAAUUACGCACCCCCUCCCAAGUACCAUAAUUACUCUUGCACUUGCUCUCAAAAUUGGUCUAGCCCCUCUUCAUGCUUGACUCCCCGAAGUCCUGCAAGGCCUAGACCUCACCACAGGCUUAAUUCUUUCAACCUGACAAAAGCUUGCCCCCUUCGCCCUGAUUCUUCAACUUCAACCUUCAAGCUCAACACUCCUUAUCAUCUUAGGUCUUACAUCCACACUUAUUGGGGGCUGAGGCGGAUUAAACCAAACACAACUCCGCAAGAUUCUUGCAUAUUCAUCAAUCGCCCAUUUAGGCUGAAUAAUUCUUGUCCUACAAUUCUCCCCCUCCAUCACCCUCCUUACCCUCCUAACCUAUUUCAUUAUAACAUUCUCAACAUUUCUUGUAUUUAAACUCAACGAAUCUACAAAUAUCAACACCCUUGCCACAUCCUGAGCAAAAGCCCCCGCCCUGACAGCUCUCAUACCCCUCAUUCUACUCUCCCUAGGAGGCCUCCCCCCUCUUACAGGCUUCAUGCCAAAAUGACUAAUCCUUCAAGAACUAACCAAACAAGGGCUUGCUCCAACCGCAACCCUAGCUGCCCUUUCAGCCCUACUUAGCCUGUAUUUUUACCUACGCCUCUCUUACGCAAUAACCCUUACUAUUUCCCCUAACAAUCUCACAGGUUCAACCCCCUGACGCUUACCUUCCACUCAACUAACCUACCCCCUCGCCACUUCAACUGCAAUAACAAUUUGCCUCCUACCUCUCACCCCUGCCAUCUCCGCCUUAUUAACCUCCUA